AUCUGAUUGGCUAGAGCUUCAGCAAUGCAGAGCAGAGGCAAGUGUAUUGUGGAUGAAUUUGUUGAGAUGUCAUGAUGACUGGUGUUGACAAGGUGUUCGUGUAUCGUACUCCUUAUGGACCCCCUUCUGCUACUAUCUUUUUGAAAUCAUGCAGGAUAAGGUUCUUUUCAACCCUGUUAGAUAGCACGCUUACCGACCAGAGGAAUAGACUAUCUAAUAUAUUGGAAACAUUAACCCAGUUAUUCUUGAAUUGUGUUGCAGAGUCAAUGCUUUUUCCUGGAGAUCUGAAGUUUAAUCAAGAAUUCAUUUCACUUCAGGUAGGAGACCAUUUAAAGCCUGGAAUUACUUGCUUACUAUCUCGUUGUUGUUCCGCAAGUUUCAGCUGUAUCACCCUAACUUAUGACCCCAACAUGGAUAGAGGUCAGGUCCUUUAGCUUGCAAGACUAGCUCCUUGACCACACUAUUCAGCCAUUGGGACGCUAUUCGAUUCCCUAUGAAUUCGUGAUCAGAUUUGGAAUCAAUUAUAUUUCUGCAAACCAACACUUGAAAAUGAUAUUUUUUUCUUAUGUUGAACAGCAUUAACCUUCUAUUCUUUUUAUUCUGGUGACUCAUUCUCUUUGCCUACUACUCUGUAGAUUGUUUGCUGGUCUCACGUAUG